CUUCCGCGGAAGGGAAGAGUCCCGCAGUCGGAGGCGGCCGGCUGGGCGUGCGCUCGCUACCCGCACCCGGGGCUGGACCGGAGCCGGGCGAGGGCUGGGGCCGGGGCCCGGCCAGCUUCGGCGAGCGAGAGGCAGCGGCCGGAGCUGGGCAGCCAGGCCGCAUCCGGCAGGGAACGGCGGGCGCGGGGUCUGCGGUCUCCUGAGCCCCGAUGUGAGGCGGCGGCGCCCCGGCCCGAGCGCGCACCAUGGGGGCCCCGCUCGCCGCGGCGCUGGGCGCCCUCCACUACCUGGCACUUUUCCUGCAACUCGGGGGCGCCACGCGGCCCGCCGGCCACGCGCCCUGGGAUAACCACGUCUCCGGCCACGCCCUGUUCACAGAGACGCCGCACGACAUGACUGCACGGACGGGCGAGGACGUGGAGAUGGCCUGCUCCUUCCGCGGCAGUGGCUCCCCCUCCUACUCGUUGGAGAUCCAGUGGUGGUACGUGCGGAGCCACAGGGACUGGACCGACAAGCAGGCGUGGGCCUCGAACCAGCUAAAAGCAUCUCAGCAGGAAGACACAGGGAAGGACGCCACCAAAAUAAGUGUGGUCAAGGUGGUAGGCAGCAACAUCUCCCACAAACUGCGUCUGUCAAGGGUGAAGCCCACGGACGAAGGCACCUAUGAGUGCCGUGUCAUCGACUUCAGCGACGGCAAGGCCCGGCACCACAAGGUCAAGGCCUACCUUCGGGUGCAGCCGGGGGAGAACUCGGUCCUGCACCUGCCCGAAGCCCCGCCCGCUGCGCCCGCCCCACCCCCCCCAAAGCCGGGCAAGGAGCUGCGGAAGCGUUCGUUGGAUGAGGAGGCCUGCAGCCUCUAGACUGAUGCCCACCUGGCCGCCCACCCACCCCACACCCCUACAGCUGUACAGAGUGCAUGAGGAGCCGCUGGACCCCUGGGGACGGGACCGCCUGGGUCCAGCCGCCUCCCCAUCCCCAAGACUGCCUGUGGCCACCACGUCGGCCCUCUGCCCACCACUCCCUUGCUCAGCAUGUAAGCCCUGCCCGACCCUCCCUUUUCAGACCCCUGCGGUGACCUGGCUCAGAGAAGGUGGCCCCAGGCACUAAGGGGACGACCGCCCCGAACGCCGGGGUGGGCACCAUGCCAGGGCCAGGCUGCCUCUCUGUCACCAGCUUCAGUGGAGUCCAGUGUUUUGCUUUGCUUGCUUGUUCCCCAUCCUGUCCCAAGCCAGGGCCUCCCAGCCUUAUUCUCCCUCCUUCCCCAUCAUCCCCCGCUUGAACCUGGGGGUGUGGACAGUGACCCCUCCCUGAACUUGGACUUGAAUCUUCUGAGCAGAACUAGGGCCUCUCCCCUGGCGACAGAGCCCCCAGGAGAGCCUUGCUCUGAGCCCGUGGCCUGUAAAUAGGGUCACUCGGGCCCUGGGAGGAGAGGGAGACACCUCACUGCCUCCUGGUGGGUCCUUCCUGUCCAGCUUCCUCAUACCUAAGAAACAGCUCCCUGUCCCACCUUCUGCAGAGGUGGGGGGACCAGGAAUCUGCCCGUUUACGUGGCGAGUCCGAAGGAGGGCCUUUUCCCCUCUGACCCAGUGGCCCAAUGCAGAGUUUUGCACCAGCAGGACCCCUUCGAGGGUCUUCGAGGCUCUCCCAGGAGCCCCCCUCUGCCAGCUCCCAAUGUCCCAGCCCCCUUCUGGGGCCCAUGCCACGCCCACUCAAGGGCCUGGGGCUGUUGGGAGCCCAAAGCCCCCCAGUACCAACCUCCUCACAAUUCCUAAUCAGGGGAGACACCCGCCCCCUGGUGAUUUGUAAAUAUUUCUAUUGGGCCCAACACCCCCUGGGAACUGGCUCAAACCUCUGGCCACCCCUUAGUGACGGGAGUUGGGAUAUGGGAGAGGCCGAGGGCUCUGCCCGGGGGGUGUGUGUGGGUAACCCUGUACACAUGAUCCAAAAUCCGUGACUAACCAGCCAACCUGAAUAAAGCGGUUUAAAAAAAACAA